AUGCAAGAUAUACACUUUAGCAGUAUCGACCAACCGAUAUUAUCCUCUUCCAAGGACACUCAAUCCUGGGCUGAUGAAGUUAACAGCCAAACUACCUGUAGAUCUGAUAUAUUCUUCACAAUGGAUGGCAACAUUAGAAAAGUAAGCCCUCUCAAAGAGCAGUUAAAAAUUUUUGAACUCUGCAGAGAAACAACUCAGCUGACUUAUGACCUGAGGUUAAGUUCUUCUUCCCAUUAA